CAGCGCCGGGCGGCAGCAGGUGGGUCCGCACCGCUCUGCUCCGCGCUCCCGCCUCGCCUCGCCUCGCCCCGCCGCCUCACCGCGGCCCCCGCCGCAGCCAAGACGCCGCGGGCCGUGCUCCGAGUGAAGAAUGGGGCGGCCAAGCUGGCCAAGCCGCCGGCGGCGGCGGGGGAGGCCCCCGGCGGCGCCCCCGGACCGGGGCUCUUCAUGGAGCGCUCGCAGAGCCGCCUCAGCCUCUCCGCCUCCUUCGAGGCCCUGGCCAUCUACUUCCCCUGCAUGAACAGCUUCGACGAGGAGGACGCGGAUGGGGAUGGUCGGAGACUGAAAGGAGCCAUCCAGAGGAGCACAGAAACGGGGCUGGCUGUGGAAAUGCCCAGCCGGACCGUCCGCCAAGCCAGCCACGAGUCCAUUGAGGACAGCAUGAACAGCUAUGGAUCGGAGGGAAACUUGAAUUUCAGUGGAGUCCACCUGGCGUCUGCGGGGCAGUUCAGUGACUUUCUGGGGAGCAUGGGCCCCGCGCAGUUCGUUGGCCGUCAGACCUUGGCCACCACCUCCAUGGGGGAUGUGGAAAUCGGCUUGCAAGAGCGCAAUGGGCAGCUAGAAGUGGAUAUCAUUCAGGCUCGAGGACUGACACCAAAACCCGGCUCCAAAACACUGCCAGCUGCUUACAUCAAAGCUUACCUGCUAGAGAAUGGCGUGUGCAUUGCGAAAAAGAAGACAAAAGUGGCUCGCAAAUCGUUAGACCCUUUGUACAAUCAGGUGUUACUGUUUCCUGAGAGCCCCCAGGGCAAAGUGUUACAGGUGAUAGUCUGGGGAAACUACGGGCGCAUGGAGCGCAAGCACUUCAUGGGAGUCGCCAGGGUCCUCCUGGAAGAACUGGAUUUGUCAACUUUAGCGAUCGGCUGGUACAAGCUCUUCCCGACCUCCUCGAUGGUGGAUCCCACGACGGGCCCGCUCCUGCGCCAGUCCUCCCAGCUUUCCCUGGAGAGCACAGUGGGACCCUGCUGUGACAGGUCUUAGUGAGUAAGGAAAGGGAACUGCUUUUGUUUUUUAAACAUGCUGUCAAGGUUUUGUUUGCUGGAACUCUGACCUCAAGCGCAAUGCAUGUUCAAUCAGUUCUUGUGGAGCUGGAAGAGGAGGAUAAACCAGUGACCUUAGACAGAAGAUGAGGGGGAGGGCGCUGAGCCCUCUCCGCCCGAGGAGGAGGUGCCGUGGGGCAUGAGUCCUAGUUGUCAAAUUAGACAUACACCUCUUGUUUCACUUCUCUCGCUGUCAUUCUUGGACCCUUGUUUCAGAUCAGUAUUAACCUUGGAAAGUUGCAGCGUUUGAAAGAUUUUGGGGGGAGUAAGAAAGUUUUUCUUAACUGUAUAUCUUAGAAAUUUCUAAUACGGAUUCUUUCACGAGGACGUACCUGAAAAAUUCAGAGGCUGAUAUCUGACCUAAAAAGAGCAGGAAGUUUAAGAGAGGAAGCAUUAGGGUUUUUUAAGGUCUCUCUUCUCAAAAGAAAGAAAAAGAAAGAAACCUGCAACUCUUUCUUUAGAAUCAGUUCCCUGUCAGUGAGUCACGUUAACUGUAACACUGUCAUCGCUGUGUUUUCAAACUGUGCCAAAUUACCAGCAAGUGUCUUUACUGCAUUACUUGUCUAACACUGCUGAUGAAGCGUACUUGGUGGGAGAAUAAGCAGCGCCUACUUAGGCCAGACAGUUUGAACAGAGUUUGAGUUUAGCAGGCUAAUUAACUGCACAUUUUUCUCAGAAAAAAACAAAACAAAAAACCAACCAACAAACACAAACAUCAGACUUACAGCUCGAGAAAUGUUUUGUAUUGUCAGAUACAACGUUCUGCGAUUUACUGACUCCCUUGCUUGUUGCUCUGCAUCCUUCAGUCACGAUGUCUUUUACCUUCUGCUUUUCUCCCGUCUCCUUUGUACUGGUACAUAUCUGCUGGAGAUGCUGCCUGUGGACUGACCUGGAACAGGGCUGGUUUAUCCUGCUGCAGGAGAGGAGAUUGAGGUUUGUGGGGGUGCAGAAGAAAGAAACCCCAGUUUGCCAUCUGACAAGAAGGGGCUGGAGAGCACGUAACCUUCCUGGUGCAGAGAGAGGUGCUGUGGGCAGUCUCGGUAGCACAUGAACUUUGCCAAGUGUCCUGCAAGAGGAGAUGCGAUCCCCAAAGUAUGGAGAGGUAGCGAGGUGAGGAAUCUGAAGACACAGUGGUCACAGCAUGUAUAUUUUGUUAAUUGAAGUUUAAACGAGUCUUGUAGAUUAGGCCGGUGAAGCACAUUCUCCGAGCUACAGCAGCUGCUGUGGGCAGAGCCUUGUGCUGGAGUGAGUGCACUAGAGCCUUCAGACAAUUAAAAUCUUAUUACCCCGAAUCACAGAGUAUCUCCAAAGAUUUUCUCUGGAUUGACCUGAGGCUUUGUCUCGGGUCCUCCUGAGGGUCUGACUGCUAUCUCAGAAUAAGCUUUUGGAGAUGUUUUCCUUUGUGAUUGAGAAGUGAAGGUCCCAUGUGACGUUUAGGAAUGAGCAGGUUCUUGACCUGAACAUUUAUUUCUGCAUGUGGACCUCAGCUUUGUUAGAAUAAAAGCAUGAGUGUCGAGUGGGUGGUGAAAGCAAUUGCUUUUGGUCCUAGCUUGUCUGUGGCAUUUUAAAUUAUUUUGAGAUAAAUUACAGGUUAGAUGCAAAACUAAUAGGCCUUACAAUAAUCUCUGUAAAAAUUAUAUAAUGUAAAGGAGAGGGAAGGAGGAUAAGGGACAUAGAAUGAAUAGUUUUUUGAGUCUUCAGUGGCAAAAGCCUCAACAUUUCAGAUAGAUCUCAUAAUUUCCUUGAUCAAAUAUGUCUCUGGCCUCUCACUAAUUAUUUUUUCUAAUCGUAUUAGACAAUUUCUAUAUACUAGCUGAAGGAAGUUUGUUGCAUGCUGAUCAAACUAUGUUGUGGCUCUCUUUUAUUUUCAUUUUUUUUAAAAGCACAUUUACUGUAAUUCAAGUCAGCAUCUUUUCCUCUUGGUAUGUAGUGAGUACUAGGCAAUAUUGUACAAUAUGUGUAUGAACUAGAAUAGAUUAGGUAGAUUUAGUGGUUUGUAGCACUGGAUCUUUUAAUAACUAUGUCUUUAAAAGGACUGCGGGGAGCUCCGGGUCCGUGCCAGACCUGGCAGCUCUAACAGGGCUUCUGUCUUAAGUUAUGCUGAAAACUUUAUAUUGGCACUUAGUUUGGACAUUAUCUACCAGGAACAGACAGUUAAUCAUGGUUUGCAGGCUUCGGUGGGGAGUAGGAGACUAUGUAUACCAAAUAUAUCCCCCCAGAACACUUUGUUUAAUGACUGUUGAAGAGCUCGGUUCCUGCGCGCCCGGCAGGGGCCGCGUGUCUCUGUAUCCAACCCCUCCGAAAGCUCUGCAGGCUCCAGCGUGAUCGGUGUAGUUACAAUAGGACCACUUAACACCAAGGACUAUCUUCCGUGUGUUUUUAAUCAUGCUAGAAGGUCACUGUCAGGUAAAAAAACCCCAACAUUACAGUUCUACUCCUGUUAUUUUUGUUAACGUCUCAGCUCCUGCGAUCUGGAGGCGGUUUUAACAGUCUGCUCCGUCCUGUUUUCUGCUGCAGUUUUUGUGUGGUCUGGUGGUUCUCGCUUUUGUUUCUCCUCACUGCCAAGUCCCGUUUGUCCCCAGCAGCCCAGCGUUGCAGCCCUGCCUGUCCCGCACAGCCCGUCCCGGCCGCUGCCACGUGCGGAUGAGCUGUUUUGUAAAGCCGGACUUGCAGGACCCUCUGAGAGUACCCAGGGGCGUCGCACAGUUCCCUGGGUCUAAAUCCUUGCUUCACUUACGCCUGCGAUUCCUGCACUGACCACGGCGUAUUAUAGUUAAAAGAGAAGCCUGGUUGUCCAUCCAAGGCAAAUCUCAGGCCUGAUAUAGCUUAGUCUUAUAAAGCCUAACCUUUUCUACGCCCCCCACGCCCCUAAAUUUGACUUGCCAGUUUCUAAGGGGAUGCGAUAUGACAGUUGGGAUUACCAAUGUGGUCGUGUAAAAAGCAGCAGUUUGCUGAAAACUCAGCUUUGGUGCCCUUUGCAAGUCCCGACUGAGUGUUUUUCCUGGUUAUAGUCAGCGAGGGGGUGAGAGGAAGAGCACGAGACUUAAAAAAAGAAAAGGCUUCAUAGUAUUUUUAGUCUGAGCACAGUGGUGAGGGAUGAGACUGAGGAGAGAAACACCUGCCCAGCUCAGGGCUAAUUCCCUGUUCAUUGUGCAUGAAAUCAUAGAAUCGUUUAGGUUGGAGGAGAUGUUCAAGGUCAUCGAGUCCAACCGUUAACCUAACACUGCCAAGCCAAAAUACCACAUUUUAGUAGUAAUGGGAGGAUUGCUUGCCAAAAACCCCAAAAAUAAUGGAGAGCUGGUCCCUAAAUGUUACAUUGCUUACUAUUGCCAUGGAAAACAAAGAAAUCCUGAUGGUGGGAGCAUCCCUGGGAGCAGAACGAUCUCUGUGCAGUGGGAAUCCCUGCAGAGCAGAGCGAACCUGCUCCCUCCCGGCUGUGUGCUCUUUGUGCUCCGAGCAGAACCGUGUGUGUCCCAGCUCGUUCAGGCAAAGAAAAGUGACAUUUUCCCCAUCUCCUGGCGUUCCUUUCCCUGUGCCCCGACCCAGCCGGGAUGCUGCAGAGCCGACACAAGGUCCUCACCCUGCGAUGCAGCCCCCGGGUCCCGGUCCCGCAGCCGAAGCCGCCUGGGCAGGCUGAGCGUCCCGUGCUCCGCGGCAGGGACAGGGCCGGGGGACUUCAUUGUUUAGCCGAGCACAUCCCCGCUUCUUGGCCAUGGAUUCUUUCAAAAGGGCGUUGCAGAAUUAUUUGCUUUGAAUUGAAAUAUCUAUUUAUUGUUUCUAGCUACCAGAACCUUUAUCGAUGUACUGUUCUAAAUUUGCAGGUCUUCUGGAGUAUGAAUAUCACAAGUUCCUGUAAAGGAGCUAUUUUUAAGAUGUUGAGGCAGUUAACAGAAUCUCAACCUGAGCAUGUUUAGUCAUGUUUAGACAGCAAGACAACUUUUUUAUGAAACUCAUUUUCAGUUAGUUUAUUACAUGCUGUUGGUAAUAUUUUAAAACAGGAAAAAAUAUUUUUCUUUAAAGACAAAAUGCUGUAUGUUUUUUAACGGACAACAUAAUUUAGCGUUUUCAAAAAUGAUUAAUGUUCUUGGUAUGAAGUUUACUCAUUCUUUUGAUUUCUAUGUUCCUUGUUAUAUUUUAUCAACUUUUUUCCAAAAGAAGAGAGGCAUAUGUAAAUAAACACCAGAAAAGAGUCCUAGAAGAAAUUCUGUUCAAACUGGCCAUAAAAUUAUUAGUAAGUAUUUGUUAUUGUUCAUUAACUCUCAGAUACUAUUCAGGCCUUUGUUGAAAGAAUUGAUGUUGUAUUUUCGAGAUGAGAACUACUUAGUUAGUUUUGUCAUAAUCCUGUACUCUGUAUAAAAAUCUUUUUAUAAAGAAAGUCUAAUAGGCUAACAAGCAAUAAUAUAUUCCAUUUGGUGUGCACAGAUUGUGACUUGCGGGCUGUAGUACAUAUUGUUGAUACAGUUUAUAAUUGUCUUCAAUCUCAAUGACAUCACUUUUGAAAAAGAUCCAUAUUAACUUUGAUUGUAAAACAAAAAACAACCAAGACUGGGCUUAUUGCCUUGUGAGAUAUUCAUCCUAUAGACUUCUCUGUGAGUGUAUGUGCCCAUCAACAUGAAAUCUCUCUUAGGUGAAGAAUGAAGCGGCUGUAGGUGACUUCAUAUUACAGAGGUAAAAAGUAGUUUCGAUAUAAACUUGACGACUGUUUCAAUCUCCCUGUUUUUCGUAGGCUAUCUAGUGUGUGUAACUCGAUGAGAAUGGUUCCCACUGCCACUGUAGCCCUGAUACAGCAAAAAAGCCUUUGCGCUCCAGGGCCACGCGAGUUCUGCCUGACAGCUGCCUGUUCUCCUCGGGAUACCAGGGCCAAGCUAAGGGGAGGGGUUUUUCGGAGCAGCACAUUGAGCUGCUCUUCUUUAAAGGCUUUGUGGGUUAUUUUGUCCAUUCCAUAGAUGGUAUUUGUCCAUUUUGUUAGAAGAUUCCACCCAAGGCAGAGAGGUUGCACCUUCGCAGGGGAUCGCGGGGGGCUGAUGUGUGGAACAGGAGCAGGCUGUUCCGUGCUGUUCUGUAGAAGUUCAAUAAUGCUGGCCUCGCCUAAAGAUUUUUCCAAAGUGACAGGAUCAGGAUAUUGGGUUUUAAGUCAGCUCUGUCGUUGAUGCAGCGCGUAAAAUAAAGCAGCUUCAAAGCAGCAUCCCCGCUCAUUGCCUGUGGAUUUCUCGCUUCAUUUCCCAUAGGAAAAAUCAGCACGCUGGCCAUGUGGGCAGCAGGUCACUGGCCCAGUGAUGCUGGGAGCCCCAAUCAGUGAUGGCAUUAUUUUUCUUUGUUUUUUUUUGUGAAAUGCUUUGAGAAUAAAAAAGAGCCAUGUAAAUGCUGUCCGUAGAGAAGUCCAGGACACAACACAUUGUAGCACCUUUAGUAAUGGAAAGGGCAUACUCGAACCUGGAGCAAGCAGCUAAAAUGAAAUUGCAGCUGUCAAAUUUGAGUCAAACAUUUAGAAAAAAGGAUGAUCGAGUGAAAGGCUUUUCAUGUUUUACCCCAGUGCACAUGGCUGUCCAUACGUGUGUAUAUGAAUGUAUACAGGCACAGGGCGCACAGUAACGCUUUGGAAAAUGCCGGGUUCCCUUGGGAGGUGACAUCUGGUCGUGCAGUUGGUGUCCCAGCCCCCCAGGUGAGCCCUUUGCUCGGGACACUCGUGACACCCAUUGUGGCAGAGACCCAGGGCUGCUCUCCUGCGCCCUGCCCGGCUUUGCAGCCUGCGUCUGUGAGCAUGGAAUUCCUGGGGAGUUUGCCAGUGCUUAGGUAUUGUCAAAAUGCGGCUAAUGAGUCUUAAACUCAGGCUGCCAGGCUCCUCUGCCCAGUGACCAACAUCCCGGUGCCCGAGCAGCCGCACGUCCAUCCCUUGCCCAGCCACUCGCCCACAACAGCAGCAUCAGGCUUGUUCCUGGGGACCCUCAAGCUGUCCCCGCGGUGCGGACACCCCCCUGCCCUCCCUUCCCUGUGGGAGCUGCUCUCGUCCUGGUGGAGGAGAACAACUGGGGAGAGUUUCUUGUAGCAUUUGGUUCUUUGCACUUUAGCAGCUGAGACUUAAGAAGGAGCCAGCACCAGCCCUUUACAGAGCACCAGCAAAACAGAGGCUACGACCUAACGAUUUCCCCUUCACGGCUUUCCAGUAGCUAAAUGGCAACCAAAGCUAUGUUGUGAAACCCCACUCUGCCGGGUCAGCAGGCAGCCUUUGCAUUCGCACGGCACGCUGGGCGCCUCGCGUGGGGCAAAGAAGGAGCAGGGGCAGCACUGAGCUCUGCUCUCCGGGACAGAAGCCACCCCAGGGGAGAAUCAAGGCACAUCUCAUGCUGAAGCCAUGCCAGCAGGCUUUCCAGGAGCUACUUUUUUUUGUAGUUUGGGCACCACGGGCUGGGAUAGCUGCCCACCUGGGCUCUAGAUCCCACUAAACACCAGCCUGGAAUUUCAAAUCCUGCAGCAGUUUUUUCUUUGGGGCUGUUGCUCCAUACCCAGUGCUGCUCACUGGUCUCUGCUGUGGUGAUUCCAUCUCCUCGACCUGGAGCUGGUUUUGGCUUUAGAGCAGGAGUGAGGGUUGGGGAGUGAAUCCAAGGCAUGUUCCCCCAGCCCUGCGGCACUGUGCUCGCCUUGCCCCUGUGAGCUGCAUUCUGCUCCCUGCGCCCGGUGGGAAUGGCACCCUGGGGACACAGGGGUCCCCGAGGCCCCUCACGCAGCACUGCCAUGGCCUGACACCCCCUGGGAUGCCAGUGUCCUGCCUGUGUUUUGUGGCAGCCCUUAGUUCAGGCCGCAGAGGGUCAUUCUUUUCCCGUCCCCAGUAGGGACAAGGGGUCUCUGCCAGGGCUCGGCAGCUCACGCAGGCGUGAGGUGCCGUACGGAGCAGGCAGGGAGCUGCCUCUGUGCCGGCCGGGGAGAAGGGGAGCUCCCAGCGAGCUUUCCUCCAGGCUCCCUUUGCUUUCCCCUGCGCCCGCUGGUCCCUAUGUGGGUUCUCCCCUCUCGAUACGAGGCCUUAUUCCCAGCCGAGGGGGCUGAUACUGCCCGCAGCAUCUCUGCACCGCAGGCUGCAUCCCGCGGGAGCCGUGCCGCAGAGCUGGCCUCUGCCCGUCCCCGCUCGCCGCCCAGCCCAGCGCGCCGCUGCUCCGCCGUGUCCCCCGCUGCCCAGGGGCCUGGCCGCGGGAGGGAAAUCCGCUUUCAUGGGGUUCAGCCUUUUUACUUCAUUAAUUGCUCCGCAAAACCCGAUAGCUUUGCAGGGGCACUGCACAGCUUCUACCCCUCCUCCCUUUCCAUAGGAGUGGGAGUGGCUGUUCUGCUCUUUUUGGGCUCUGUAACCCUCUCCAAAACUUUUUGGAGGUUUUUACCGUCAUCCGGUGAGAUGUGAUCUCCGUGGAGCUGGAGGGAGCGCAGGCAAUGGAGCUGGGCAGGCUGCUUGCCACCGUGGCGAGUGGCUCGCGAGGUGCGUGGGCUGCCUUGGGUGGAAGGUGGACGCCGUCCGGCAUGGCUGGUGUGCCGCCGGCAGGAGAGGAUUCUGCUGUAUUUUUUUCCUGUCUGUAGGUUUUAUUCAGACAAUAUGUAAUGAUUGAGUGAUUUACAAUUCAGUGUUAAGCUAAUGAAAACGUUGAUAAUGGUGAUAAUAAAACCUUUUCUUUUUUUUUC